GUUCACUCAAGUGUUCGGCUGGGUUCGGCCAAUCGAAUGAUGUUUUCACAAACGGGAAAGACCGUUCACAUUUUAGAAGAUGGCGACUGCUGAACCGGAAACUUUAACAAAUCCACUGAGUUCAGAAGAAGAAACAAACAACGAAAAUAGGCAAGAGAUUGUAAGUCUUGAAGAUUACAUCAAACAUCCUCUGCAGAACAGAUGGGCCCUUUGGUUCUUUAAAAAUGACAAAAGCAAAACAUGGCAAGCUAAUCUCCGACUCAUCUCAAAGUUCGACACAGUGGAAGACUUCUGGGCGCUUUACAAUCACAUUCAAUUAUCAAGUAACUUAAUGUCAGGAUGUGACUACUCCCUCUUCAAGGACGGCAUUGAGCCCAUGUGGGAGGAUGAGAGAAAUAAGCAGGGUGGCCGCUGGCUAAUCACCCUUUCCAAACAGCAACGCAGAGCCGACCUGGACCGCUUCUGGUUGGAGACACUUUUGUGCCUUGUGGGAGAAGCAUUCGAUGACCAUAGCGAUGAUGUGUGUGGUGCUGUCAUCAAUGUGCGAACAAAGGGAGACAAAAUAGCGAUAUGGACGACAGACUAUGAGAACAAAGAUGCUGUUGUACACAUCGGGCAUGUGUACAAGGAAAGAUUAGGUGUGCCACAAAAGGUCAUCAUUGGAUACCAGUCACAUGCGGACACAGCCACCAAAAGUGUUUCCACCACCAAGAAUAAGUUUGUUGUUUAAGGAGCCCUCUAAAGCACAAUACUACAACAAUGUCUGAAUCUUUUGAAACUGUCCUGUGAUCCAACCAUUUCACAGGACACCACAUGGGGAAAAAACAAGGAAAUAAAAAGCCUUCCCGUUUGGUGAUGGAGGGGUAAAGCUUAAUCAGAGGAAUAUUGUGUUUACAAAUUUGUACAGUGUAUAAAUACAGAGCCUUGUUCUUUUUUUAAAUGUUGAUAUACUAUUAAGGGAUCUUUUGCUGGUGGGGAUGAGGAAAGAAUAUAGUUUCAAUUCAAUGUAUGGAUGUUUUUGUUUUAUAUUCUGUUUGCCUUUUUAUUUUCAGUUACAGUAGCAAAAUAAGUGUUAUUUAUUUUUUAUGCAGUCUGUUCUUUUUUUGCUUUGGAUCUAGUGUUUGAGUGAUUUGGACAUUGCAAUAAAUUGAUCAUGAAAUUUGUAAUUACACAAUUUAGCAUACUUGUAUUGCAGUUUGAGAAUGUUAACGGUUGAUUGUUUACUGUUGAAAGGCUGUUAUAUAAAUGUGUAUUUUUGCAGUCUUGUUCUACAUUUCUCAAUAAUAAUAAUAAUAAUAAUAAAAAAAGAGAGACACCCCACUUUGGAACAUGGAUUCUUAUUAAAAUAAGAAAACUGACUGUAAAUAAAGUGCAUUGUCUAUACCAAAUGAAAAGCAAUUGAAUGUGCAUCUGUUGAUGAAAUAAAUAAUACUCUCUGAGAUUCCAGAGAUGUGCCAAUUGUUUUCUCAUCCUAACAGAGAGUAGUCUACUACCUUUUUAUGCUAAACUUCUCAGUAUCCCUACGCCAAUUAAUUUUGUUUUCUCUCAGUGCAACCAAGAAAUCUGGAUUAUUUUGCCAUUAGUAAAGCAAGGCCUGAUAAAUUCUGUAGUA